CUCGCGGGGAGCAGGAAACCCAGCGCAGCCGGGCGCAGUGGGCCGCGAUGCAGCAGGAGCAGCGGCAGCAGCAGCAGGAGUCGCCCCGGGGCAGCAGCGGCAGCGGCAGCAGCGGGCGGCGCUAAGCCGUCACCGCCGCCGAAGGAGCCGGCCCAGCCCCCGCCGCGUCCCGACCCCCGCGCCGCGAACCCUGCGCCCCGACCCCCGGCGCCCCAAUCCCAACGCCCGCGUCCGCCAACUUUCACGCUGCCUCGGCGGCCCGGCCCGGCUCGACGCCAAUGGUGGAGGCCAUAGUGGAGUUUGACUACCAGGCUCAGCACGACGAUGAGCUGACAAUCAGCGUGGGUGAGGUCAUCACCAACAUCAGGAAGGAGGAUGGAGGCUGGUGGGAGGGACAGAUCAAUGGCCGGAGAGGUUUGUUCCCUGACAACUUUGUGAGAGAAAUAAAGAAAGACAUGAAGAAAGACCCUCUCUCUAACAGAGCUCCAGAAAAGCCCAUGCACGAAGGGGCCAGUGGCAACUCUUUGCUGUCUUCUGAAGCCAUUUUAAGAACCAACAAGAGAGGCGAACGACGGAGACGGCGGUGUCAGGUGGCAUUCAGCUACCUGCCCCAGAAUGACGAUGAGCUGGAGCUGAAAGUUGGCGACAUCAUAGAGGUGGUAGGCGAGGUGGAGGAAGGAUGGUGGGAAGGUGUUCUCAAUGGGAAGACUGGAAUGUUUCCUUCCAACUUCAUCAAAGAGCUGUCGGGAGAGUCGGAUGAGCUUGGUCUCUCCCAGGAUGAGCAGCUGUCCAAGUCAAGGCCUGAAGGUCUCCCUCCAGCUUCUCUGCUGCCCUUUCCAGCUCAUGGAGCCAAAGGAAAGACUACCUUUGAAGGGACAAUUCUGUACCGAGCUGCACCGGGAAAGACGGAGGGCCACAGACGCUAUUACAGUCUAAGGGAAACCACAGGCUCCGAGAGCGACGGGGGUGACUCGAGCAGCACCAAGUCAGAAGGUGCCAAUGGCACGGUAGCGACUGCAGCUAUCCAGCCCAAGAAAGUUAAAGGAGUGGGCUUUGGAGAUAUUUUCAAAGACAAGCCAAUCAAACUGAGGCCGAGAUCAAUUGAAGUAGAAAAUGACUUUCUGCCAGUGGAAAAGACUAUCGGGAAGAAGUUACCUCCAACUACAGCAACUCUGGACUCAACAAAAACUGAAAUGGACAGCAGGACUAAGACCAAGGAUUACUGCAAAGUAAUAUUUCCGUAUGAGGCGCAGAACGAUGAUGAAUUGACAAUCAAGGAAGGGGACAUCGUGACUCUGAUCAACAAGGACUGCAUCGAUGUAGGCUGGUGGGAAGGAGAGCUCAACGGCAGAAGAGGAGUGUUCCCAGAUAACUUUGUAAAGCUACUUCCACCGGACUUCGACAAGGAGGGGAAUAGACCCAAGAAGCCGCCUCCUCCAUCCGCUCCUGUCAUCAAACCAGGGGCAGGUACCACUGAGAGAAAACAUGAAAUUAAAAAGAUUCCUCCUGAAAGACCAGAAACACUUCCAAACAGAACAGAAGACAAAGAAAGACCAGAGAGAGAACCAAAACUGGACCUCCAGAAGCCCUCUGUCCCUGCCAUCCCACCGAAGAAGCCUCGGCCGCCCAAGACCAGUUCUCUGAGCAGACCUGGCGCGCUGCCCCCGAGGAGGCCCGAGCGACCACUGGGCCCAUUGACACACACAAGGGGUGACGGGCCAAAGAUUGAUCUGGUGGGCAGUGCACUCUCGGGCAUCCUGGACAAGGACCUCUCGGAUCGUGGCAAUGACAUUGACCUAGAAGGUUUUGACUCCGUGGUGUCAUCUACUGAGAAACUCAGCCACCCAACCACGAGCAGACCAAAAGCUACAGGGAGGCGGCCUCCAUCCCAGUCGCUCACAUCUUCUUCCCUUUCAAGCCCUGAUAUCUUCGACUCCCCAAGUCCCGAAGAAGAGAAAGAGGAACACAUUUCCCUUGCACACAGAGGAGUGGACGCGUCAAAGAAAACUGCAAAGACUGUUACCAUAUCCCAAGUGUCUGACAACAAAGCAUCCCUGCCACCCAAGCCAGGGACCAUGGCAGCAGGUGGUGGAGGGCCAGUCCCUCUGUCCUCAGCGGCAGCACCCUCUGCUCUGUCGUCCUCUUUGGGUACGGCUGGACACAGAGCCAACUCCCCAUCGCUGUUUGGCAUGGAAGGAAAACCAAAGAUGGAGCCUGCGGCCAGCAGCCAGGCGGCCGUGGAGGAGCUGAGGACCCAGGUCCGCGAGUUGAGGAGCAUCAUCGAAACCAUGAAGGACCAGCAGAAACGGGAGAUUAAGCAGUUACUGUCGGAGCUGGAUGAAGAGAAGAAGAUCCGGCUGCGGUUGGAGAUGGAAGUGAAUGACAUAAAGAAAGCUCUUCAAUCAAAAUGAAUACUUGAUCAAUGAGAUGUCGCAUUAUUCAUCCUGAGUCAAAGACUCAAAUUUUCUGCCCCAGCCAAAAUAAUCUUGUGCCAAAAGAUUCAAGGUUUGCCUCAACAUGCCCCUGUUUCAAAGAUUAGCACAAAACUCUUGAUAGCACAGCACAAAUCCCACCCAAGAGGAGAAUCUUGCCCGUGGUGUAGUCCUGACUCGCGUUAGGUGCGACUUCAGCAGGACACAUUGUGCUAACGGCUUUUCUACUUGGAGAUCUCACGUGAAACGAAAACUCAGGCAGUUUAGUCCAUAGUGGUACUAUUUUGAUGAUAUUUUCCAUUAAUAAAAUGUAAUUUCAGAUGAUUCGUUUACAAGCUUUAUAAUUUUAUGAUUUUUUUAAAAAUUGUGUUUUGUCACAGAUCCCCUUAGCGUGUGUGGCACACACAGUCAGGAGCGAGCAGCCCUUUCCCGGGCUUUGGGGGCGAGCUGCCCCGCUUCGUGUGCCCUUUAGCAUUCUAUCACAUAUGCAAUUGUAGACCUAAGCUGUCCCUGCCCCCGCCAGCCAACCUCACCGCCCCAAGAGAAAUGUGAGCUUCUAUAUGAACAGAGAGAGAAAAAUCUGGUAUUUGCAAUGAUCUGUGCCUUCUUUCUACCACCCCUCUUGAUUGGAGCUUUUGUGAUGCAGCUACCAUGAUUUUAAAAAUAAACUCAAACAACAAAAGUCAGUAAAUAGAAAUGGCCACUCUCCGGACUCCGCUAGAGGCUACUGUCUUCAAGCUUCACUCACCCUUGCCACAGGUCGGAAGAAGAGACAGCCCUGAGGCUGGGCUGCUCCUUGGAGCCGGCCACAACUUGCCCAGUCCCUCCCACUUUUAAGUCGUUCAUGAAACUAGAAAUGUCAUCCCUGCUUGAUUUCUCAUCAGCCAAGUUCAACCCUUGCUUCCUGUCCUUUGCACCUUUUGUGUGAACAGAAUAUGCAUUAUUAAAGCAAAAAUAAAUAAAAGCAAAAUGCAAAUGA